AUGUCGGCCAACGUCCCGGAUCCAUCCCGGAUCCUCAGCAUCCAGAGCCACGUCGUCUCGGGCUACGUCGGCAACCGGGCGGCCACCUUCCCGCUCCAGCUGCUCGGAUGGGACGUCGACGUGGCCAACACGGUGCAGUUCUCGAACCACACGGGCUACGGCCGAUGGGGCGGCCUGCGCUUCGACUCGGACCACCUCGACCAGCUCUUUGACGGCCUCGACAAGAACGGCCUGCUCCGGUACAGCCGCAUGCUCACCGGGUACAUGCCCUCGGCCGCCGUCGUCACCAACGUCCUCAACCUCGUCAAGAAGCUGCGCGCACGCACGCCGGCCCAGGCGCGACAGCAGCAGCAGCAGCAGCACGGCGGCCGGAACGGUGCUGACGACGGGGCAAGCGGCGAAGACGACGACGACGACGACGACGACGACGAGGGCGGCCUCAUCUACCUCCUGGAUCCCGUCAUGGGCGACAUCGGACGGGGCAUGUACGUCGCGCCCGAGGUGCUGCCCGUCUACAAGCAGAUGCUGCCCUACUCGACCAUCAUCACGCCCAACCAGUUCGAGGCCCAGGUGCUCACCGGCCUCGAGGUGACCGACCUCUCCAGCCUCAAGCGCGUCAUCUGGACGCUCCACCACGUCCACGGCGUGCCCCACGUCAUCAUCACCUCGGUCGCCCUGCCCCAGGGCGAGCUGGAAAAGAUUGGCGCCACGGCAACGCUGCCAAACGGACAGACGGCCAUGCUCCAGGUCGGCUCGAGCUAUCGCACCCGGUCCACCGCCCGUAACUCGACCGCCAACGCCACCGCCACCGCCCCGCCAGAUGGGCCGGACGACCUCGACGUCUGGAUGAUCCAGUUCCCCGAGGUCGACGGCUACUUUUCGGGCGUCGGCGACCUGUUUGCCGCCCUGACCCUUGGCCGCUUCCGCCCGCAGGAGACGGCGCAGGAGCGGGCCGCAACCGCAGAUGGGGCCAACGGCGUCAAGUCGCUCACACCCAUCGCCCGGGCCGCCGAGCUGGCCAUCGCCUCGCUGCAGGGCAUCCUGGCCCGGACAUCGGAGACCAUCGACAGGCUCGAAGCCGAGGAGGCGCGCCAGUCCCCUUCUGCUGCGACCGCGACGAACGGCAAGGUCCAAGGUGAAGUCCAGGUCGAGGCCGAGGACCCGGCAGAGGCGAGAGUCAACCGGAUGAGGAAGCGCGAGCUCCGCAUCGUCCAGAGCCGCGACGAAAUCGAGCGGCCCGAGGUCGUCUACCGGGCGAGAUGGCUCCCAUAG